UAUAUUGAACGCGAACAUAAGAUGAUUAACCAUUUACGUGGGCUCAUGACCACUAUCAGUGUUUACAUUGACUAGUAUUUCAACGUUCAAUUGCGUGUUUUCAAUAAAAGUAAUACUUUUCUCGAUUUUAUACAAGCAGUUAAUGAGCUAUUAUAUAUCGGACGAAGUGCACAAAAGUUGGUUGCAACACUAUCGUCACUAGUCCGAGGUGAUAUUGCCGUCAUCAGUUGGUAAAUGACCAAAUUUCAAAAUCGUCGCAGAUACAGUGUACAUAGAUAAUAAUCGAGGCAUCAACGCGAAUGUCAGAAACCACUGGAAAUAUGAAACCAUACACCAGACAUGGUUUGAUGCUGUUUGUUUUUUAAAUAUGAUAAAAUUUACCGUCAUCGCUGUUUCAAUUGUAUGCCAUUGUUAGCGUAAAUGAUAUCCAACAUAUAAAAGACAAUGUCGACACUACCGAAUGGAGGAACAAUCGAUGAUGCUUCAAUCAAAUGGAAGACGGAAUAUCGAAGUUACCGUUCCUCGCAAUGUCUUCUAUACAUCUCUGCGAUUGUGUUUAUGGUAUUCAUUACAUUGUCAGUUGUCUGCGCAACCUUUUUGUUCAAAAACUCAUUCAACUUCCAUCCAAUAGACUACGAAAUAAAUGGCGGUGAAAGUCGGGCUGUUCGCGCGUCAACAUUAUUUUGUGAGGGUAUUACGUUGACUAAGGCGAAUUUUCAACGCAAUUUGAUCGUAAUCAGAGCACCGUUACGACGGCGAGCAGUUCCACAUGUGUUGGUUGAUAAUGAUUUGGUGUUCGUACGAAGAGACCGCGUAUGGUACAGGUCGUUUUAUCUUCUCGAGGAUCUAAAGUCAGCAUUCGCAUUCGAAGUCAACAUACGACCAACGUCUAUUGGAUUAAAGGGAGAAAAGCUUUUGACAGCAUCUUCACGGGUAGAUUUUCAUGAUUUUACUGGGACAAGAAUGUCGGAAUCAUUUACUGUCAAUGAAGACAACAGUUUCUAUUUGGGUCUGACAUCCAUAGCAGGCAAUAGGGAAUAUUCCGAUAUUUUCUUAAAUAUAAGUAUUUGGCUAAUGGAAUACGACACAAGCUCAAACGUUACGUCCUGUGGGGCAGCAGCAGGAAAAAUCUGUGACGUAAGUUUACGAUUCAACACACCAGAAACAGCUUUAAUUGUCGUGCCAAACAACAAGACUGUGUUGAGUGAUCGCGAUGUUUGGGUAACGUGGUAUUGCGAGCCAAGGAUUUGGUUUUAUGCCGCGGUUUUUGGAGGAAGCUUUGUUUUGAUCAUCUUCUUCGUGACAUGUGUAUACCACAUUGUCAUGUGGAGGGUAAGGAGGAAAAUUUGUAAGUGGAAACCGACCAUAGUGAUCGUUUACAAAAAGAAAAGUUUUCAAGAAGACACCCGUGAAGUUUUGCGGACGUCUGUCAACGCUCGGGCUGGCUUAUCGGACAUGAACUGUGAUAACUCUACAAAACCUAAUCCAUCAAUGGGAUCAAGCUGCAAAAUAGAUACUGUCGACAACAAGACCAUUUGGCCGAUGAGCAGCACACCAAACGGUAGUGCGGACUCAUAUGUGGUUAAUAAAAAUAUUCUUCUUAACAAUGUUUCUGGUCCAAUACCUUUCAAUGACGCAAAUUAUGCAAAUUUUGUCAAAAUGGAAAACGUAUUCAAGUUACGUCGAUCUCUCCCUCCUCGCUGGUCAACGUUUUCGAGUGAAGAUGAUUACAUUGAAUGCGUAACAAAUUUCCGAGAAUCUCCAAGCAGCACUUUAGAAUCGAUGAAAAAGGCGUCCGAUGAUGACAACUUUGAGGCGGAACUAGACGAUCGAUUUCAAAGCAUUCCGAGCUAUAACAAUGAACCAUUUGAGACAGAUAUCGACAGCGAUGAGGCAUUUCCGUUUAUUAACGCUAAUGAGAACUCGGAAAUGGAUGUUUUGUAUCGUCAAAAACGUAACAACGACAAAAGAUGGGAACCUAGACUAUCAGUGGUAACGGAAGUUUAGUAAACCAAAAAAGAAAUUUGCUGUAAGCAUGCAAAAAGACUUGCCAUUGUUGAGAAUUCACAAGCACCCAAGCGUGAUGAAAAUGUAUGCUUCAAAAACACGAAAAAAACACCUGCCACAUCACAGCUUGUACAUCCAUUUUGUUUUCAUUUCGUGCUUUGUUGAGUGAAGUUGACUUAAAACAUAAAAACUGUGUUUAAUAGCUUUAAGUUUGAUGAUUCAGCCUUUUUACAUAGAGAGUUUUCAUUAUGUAUAUUUAUAUAGGUUUCAAAAGAGAUGCAAGUCUAUAAUAACCAUGUACGGCACACAAAAUGAAUAGUUAUAAAGAGCUGUUAUCGUGGUA